ACCCCCUGUUUUUGAAAAAUAAAAAAAUUUCUUUGAAAAUUCAAAAUGGUGUUCUUGGUCGAGAAUUGAGGUUACUGUACUUUUGUUGAUAACUAAAAAUUGAUUUAAUUCGAGUAAGACUGUUCUUCGUGACAUGAAAAAUUGACCCAACAUCCAAUUUUUCUACUCUUCGUAGAAAAUACGCUGGGGUUCCUUACCCGAUUAUCACCGGAAAGUUGAAUUGCAAUGUUAAACGAUGUUUAACAUGGAAGACGACGGCCAGAUGUCAUUCGUUGAACUACAGACCAUCACCGAAGUCGAUCUUAAACUCGAGCCGGAUGACUCGAUGAGAGAAAAUUCAGAAAUGUGCGUAGCUGAUAAUUCCAAUCAAUCGUACACCACUACUUCAAUGAACGAUGACUACGUUUUAGCUACCAUUCGUGAAAUCGACAUCAGAGAGUUGCCCGAAGAAGAUGCGGCUGCCGAAAAACCCAAAAAGAAACGUAUCAAAACCGGUAAAUUGAAAAAGAAAAAAUUAAAAUCACUCGGCAACGGAUCCUGCGUCAAGAAAAAGAAAAGAACUAAGACGAAGAACGACACCGACGGUUCUAAUAAGAAAGCGAAAUGCGAAUACCCUCGUUUAUGUUCGGGUUGCGGACACGCUUACAAAACCAAGCAAUCGUUUUGGAAUCAUAAACAGCGAUGUACGAUGUUACCACAAAAUAACCGAAGUCGUUCCGUAGACGAGAACGGUUGCCCUAUCGAGGGCGAAAAUGGCGAAUACGUUCGCCGGAAAGAAUACAUUUGCGCUCAUUGCGAAAGACCUUAUCGUAAAAAGUAUAAUUUACAAGAACAUCUGAAAAAUACUUGUCGAGGUAAACCCUGCAGCAAAGGCAGAUUACAGUGCUGGGAAGAAGGAUGUUUGCAAGCUUUUUACAAAUACGUCGAUCUCGUGCAACACGUUACGUUGCAGCAUGGUCAAGAUUUACAAAUACAAAAACUACAGUUUCCUAAUUUCACCGCUUUUAAUAAUUGGAAAACCGAAGAGAGUAAUUCCAAGUUUAUGUACGCUCGUAAAAUAACCGGCUCUAAGCGGUUUUCGAAUACUAAAUACCAUUACUUCGUGUGCCAGUUUAAUCAUAGAAACGAGAAGAAAAAUAAUAACAGAAAAACCAAUCGAAGAAAAUCAAUGAACUUGGUAGUACCGAAUUACAAUUGCCCGAGUCGUAUUAUGGUCAAAGAAUGCGAGAAUGUUAUUCAAGUAACCUAUAUUUCAUCUCAUAACCACGAACUGAAUUUAUCCAACGUCAAGUACCAACCGUUAGAAAAAGAAACCAGAACUUACAUCAAGACUUUACUCGGACUCGGCGUAACGGCUAAAAAAAUCAUCGAGCAUUUACAAGAAGGCGUCGGUAAUCCGGAAAUCGACAGCUUCCUUUCGACUAAACAACAUUUCAUCACGUUGAAUCGAAUCAAACGUAUGGAAUCGAAAUUGAAAGCUAAAACUCGAGCUCGUCAAGCAGCAGAGCAAGUAAAUCAAGAGAAUUCCAUUCCUUCCAUCGAACCAGAUCCCGCCAUCCAAGACGAUUCGUAUUCUCCUGUUAACCAUUUCAUCUCGGAUCCUUGUGGUACUCAAGCUGUCGCAGCUUGCAGCAAUACGACUCCUGUAUCGACCUCUAAGCAAAGUAAGAAAGAACCCGACGAGGUUGUCAAAUCGAUCGAAAAUAACAUGAAGAAAUUACGCGGUUUCAUGCAUAAACCUGGUAUCAAAGAAAAACUAUCCGAUCGUAUUUCGAAAAUGAUCCAAGAUUUGUGCAACGAAUGCGAAACCGUCGAAAGCACCGGAUCCGUUGCUACGCCUAAAAAACCUCGAGCUACUCGUAAAAAGAAAACUCCUCCAGCUGUAGUUCCUCCAACGUUACCACCCCCUCAACCUCAAAUCGAACUACAAAUGCAGCCUCAGCCCCAGCUACAAAUCCAACAAGCCAUUAUUAUACCUCAACAAACCAUGAUGCCUCAACAACAGCAACACCUUCAGCAGCCUCAACAACAACAACAGCAUCUCCACCAACAGCAACAACAACAGCAACACCUUCAUCAACCUCAACAUGUGAUUACGACAAUCGAUCCGAAUUGUAUCGUAAACGUGAAUACAAUCGUUACCAAUAUACAAACCAGACAAGGUAUCAGUUUCACUCCGCAUAUUGACGGAACGAGCGACCUUCUGAAACCAAUUUUUCAACCAUUCAACGUAAAUUUGUUAUGUUUAAAGUCCAUCGAUACGUAUAUUUCGCCUCAAGAAGUCAAUUUACUCAAAUACGUCGAUGACAGUUUCACCUUAGGGUGGUUAUGUGAUGCUGUAGUCGAUAGUUUCUUAAACUUAAUUUGCCAAUCGGCCGGCAAUGUUCUAGCUGCCAAUACGACUAUAACGCAAUACGUUCAAAAUCACAACAAAGUACCCGACGUAUGGCUUCGUUACAAUUGGAACGAUAUAGAUACCAUAUUCAUACCUUGUAAUCCAUCGAAAAAGCACUGGUUUUUGAUGGUCGUCCUAGUGAAGCAAUCAGAGCUGCAGAUUUUAGAUCCAGCUAGUACUUUCGAAACGUAUCCGAAUAUUGUGAAAAAAUACGCAUCUUCGAUCAACUUCUGGUACAACGUGUUGAAAAAUUUCCUAGGCAUGCUCCAAUGUAAAGUCACAACGCCGGAUCACAUCAAACAAAACGAUCCCUCCGAUUGCGGCGUCCUCGUGUGCUGGUACGUGUUCCAGUACAUGAAUAAGAGAAGUUUAUUAGAUAACGUUGAUUCGGAUAGCUUUCGAAAGUAUAUUUAUAAUACUAUUAUUAGCAAUUCUCAACGUGUAGAGUAAGGCUGUACCCGUACGCUUUCAAUUUACUAUUUUUUUCCCCCAAUAUUGUAUGAUUAAAUCGUUUUAAUUUUUUAAGCAUCGAAUGUACACAAGUACGUACAUUGUAUCGUUUUUAUGUUUCGUUUAUACUAUUGAUAUUUUCAACCAUUUACUUUUUUAAAUUUAUUAUUAUUUUUUUUUUGUAUAUUUUCCUCGUGUUUCUAUUUUUUUUCUCUUUGUGCUUAAUGUUUUCUAAAAACAUUGUUGGAAAUUUCAAAAAUUUUCUUCAAAAAUAUUUCGUGAGGAAAAAAACAUUGAAGGCGGAUUGUUCUUGGUCUGUCGAAUAUUAUUAAUUUUUUUUUUCUUUUUCUAUUCACGCGAUGUGAUCGAUUUUUUCCCAGUUUUUUCUCAUUUCAGUGAAUUUGAAAUUAUGCUUUUAUAUUGCAUUAUCCUUAAAAGGCACUUCUGCCAUUUUUUUUCACUUGUUGUAAAUUUUAUCAAAUGUUGACUAACUGCCAGUUUAGCAACUCAGUUUCCAGAAGACUGAAUCUACAGAGCUAUGGAUAUUUUGAAUGAAUUCAAAGUUAUUACGUCGUUUUAUUGACUAAAAAAUAUCCUGCGAUGUAUGAUUAAAAUACUGAAAUGUAUAAUUAAAUUAUUUUUUUUUCUAA